UACAGUAGGCAAGAUAACAAGUAUUUGUUUCUUGUUUGUGGUUGUUAUGGACCUCGCUAGCGUAAUGUAAACGUUGGAUUUUCAACCAGCAAGCAUAAACUAGCUAAUUUGGUUGAGGCGGGGGCAUCGAGUAGCAAGUUAGGUAGCUACGUACUUGACAGUGUGGUCAGACUUUGCUGUGAUGAGAUAAAUAUAAUAUUUGCUGUGGUUAUUGAGGGGUGAUGCCGGGAGACAGAAUAGGGAGGAUCAGUAUGGGUGACAGAAUCGACUAGAGCACACGGCUAUGCUCUUAGGUCUAAAUCAAGAUGUUCUACACAUGUGGACCCAAUGAAGCCAUGGUGGUGUCUGGCUUUGGUCGUUCCCCUCCUCUAAUGAUCGCUGGAGGUAGAGUGUUUGUCCUCCCCUGUAUUCAACAGAUCCAGAGGAUCACUCUGAACAUCCUGACUCUGAAUGUGAAGAGUGAUAAGGUGUACACCCGUCAUGGAGUGCCCAUCUCUGUCACUGGCAUCGCCCAAGUGAAGAUCCAGGGUCAGAACAAGGAGAUGCUGGCCACGGCCUGUCAGAUGUUCAUGGGGAAGUCUGAGGCUGAGGUCUCCAACAUCGCCCUGGAAACACUGGAGGGGCACCAGAGGGCCAUCAUCGCCCAUCUGACUGUUGAGGAGAUCUACCAGGACCGUAAGAAGUUCUCUGAGCAGGUGUUCAAGGUGGCCUCCUCUGACCUGGUCAACAUGGGCAUCGGCGUGGUCAGCUACACACUCAAAGACGUUCACGACGACCAGGACUACCUCACCUCCCUGGGUAAAGCUAGGACAGCUCAGGUGCAGAAGGAUGCCAGGAUCGGAGAGGCUCAGUACAAACGAGACGCGGUGAUCCGUGAGGCCCAGGCCAUGCAGGAGAAGGUGUCGGCCCAGUAUCUGAAUGAGAUCGAGAUGGCCAAAGCCCAGAGAGACUACGAGCUGAAGAAGGCCUCCUAUGACUACGAGGUCAACACCAAGAAGGCAGAGUCUGAGAUGGCCUAUCAGCUGCAGGUGGCGAAGACGAAGCAGCGGAUUGAGGAGGAGACGAUGCAGGUGAAGGUGGUGGAGAGGUCUCAGCAGAUCAUGCUCCAGGAGCAGGAGAUCACCCGCAAGGAGAUGGAGCUGGAGGCCAAGGUGAAGAAGCCUGCUGAGGCAGAGAGAUACCGUCUGGAGAGACUGGCUGAGGCUGAACGUGCACAGCUCAUCAUGGAGGCUGAGGCAGAGGCAGAGUCCAUCAGAAUGAGGGGCGAUGCUGAGGCGUUUGCUCUGGAGGCUAAGGGUCGUGCCGAGGCAGAGCAGAUGGCUAAGAAGGCUGAGGCCUUUAAACAGUACGGGGAGGGAGCCAUGGUGGACAUGCUGCUGGAGAAACUACCACUGAUAGCAGAGGAGAUCAGCAGGCCCCUCUCCAUGGCUCAGAAGGUUACCAUGGUUUCCAGCGGCGGGGGUGAGGUGGGCGCGGCCAAGCUGACCGGAGAGGUUCUGAACAUCAUGACCAGACUACCAGCUGCUGUGGAGAAACUCACUGGAAUCAGCAUCUCACAGGUUGGCCUGUCCGCCCGAAUGGGCUGAGAUUGGAGCCCAGUGACUGAGACAGUCUGCACCGUCAGACCAGGAACUCCAUACUGCCUCCUUGUGCCUAUAAUUACUAUUACCUAGUGUAGUUGUCUGCAUGCCUGUCUGCAGGCCUGUCUGUCUGCAUGCCUGUCUGUCUGCAUGCCUGUCUGUCUGCAUGCCUGUCUGCAUUCCUGUCUGUCUGCC